AUGUCCCGCGCCGGUCUCAUUCUUGCAUUGGUAUGCGCUCUGAGCCUGGGCUCCGGCGCCUACGGCCACAGGUGGUUCAAGGCGACCGUGGAUGACGGGGUCACCACCGCGGAAUGGUAUUCUUUCUACCAUAGCAGCAACGGCUUCUGGGAGCUGAAUGUGACCGGGGCAGAGGAGGUUACAGGCAUCAGCCUGGCUCAGAUCACGGCCGGCAUGAUCACCACCGUCGUGGAUCUGCUGCCUACCGCGUUGGAGCCGGUGACCAACCCCAUCUCCGGCGACGCCGACAUCUACGGCAUCUUCCACCCCAGCAGCCUCACCGCCGCCUACAGCGCCUGGAACCUGACCAACGUUCAGAACGGCCUGGCCGACGGCAGCAUCGUAUUCGUGCUGACCAGCGGCGAGGAGAACACCGAGACCACGGGCGAGGUGGAGGAGCUGGAGGGCCCUGCCGAGGAGCCCAGCGACGACCCCUCCGCGGCGACCAUCGUGGAGUGGUGGUUCACAGCGCCCAAAAAGGGCACGAGCAGCGACUCCCCCCCACCGGCCCAGCCGCUGUCGGCCCUUGCAGAAAGCAGACGACGGGUUGAGAAACUGCGCGGCUACCAUGAUCUGGCUCAGGACGCGGUGGACAGGGCGCAGCGGCAGGACGCAUCGGGCGCCACCCAGGCGGCCACGCGGCUGUGGACGGCGGCGCAGAGCAUCCUGGCCGCCGCACCCCCGCCCCUGCGCUCCGCCGUCUCCCAGCCCUCCGGUGCGGCGGACAAGGAGGAAAGGGCGUACGAGGACCGAAUCCUGACAGAGGUGCUGGACGACUCCCCGGCGGUGGGCUGGGACGAUGUGGCCGGCCUGGCCAAGGCGAAGCAGGCGCUGCAGGAGAUGGUGGUGCUCCCGACGCUGCGCAGAGACCUGUUCCAGGGCCUGCGUGCGCCGGCGAGGGGCCUGCUCCUCUAUGGCCCGCCCGGCAACGGCAAGACCCUGCUGGCCAAGGCCCUGGCGCACGAGGCGCAGGCCACCUUCUUCAACAUUUCGGCGGCCUCCCUGACCUCCAAGUGGCACGGCGAGGCGGAGAAGCUGGUGCGCGCGCUCUUCCGCGUGGCCGCCGCCGCGGCGCCCUCCAUCAUCUUCAUCGACGAGAUCGACUCCGUGCUGUCCGCGCGGCGCGGCGACGAGCACGACGCCUCGCGCCGGCUCAAGACCGAGUUCCUGAGCGCCUUUGACGGCGUGGCCUCGGGGGCCGCCCACCUGCUGGUCCUGGGCGCCACCAACCGACCCUGGGACCUGGACGAGGCGGUGGUGCGGCGCCUGCCCAAGCGCAUCUACGUCGCCCUGCCGGGCGCGGAGGGGCGGCGCGCGCUGCUGGAGGGCAUGCUGCGAGGCCAGAGGGCCGACCCCGGCAUCCCGGCCGUCGUCGCAGGCCUGACCGAGGGGUACUCAGGCUCCGACCUGGCGGCCCUGUGCAAGGAGGCGGCCAUGGCCCCCAUCCGGGAGCUGGGCCGCCGCGUCGCCACCGUGCCGGCCAAUCGCAUCCGCGGCCUGACCGUGGCCGACUUCCGGGCGGGCCUGCAGGUGAUCAGGCCCUCCUUGACCCCAGAGUCCAUGGCCCAGUUCGAGGAAUGGACGGCCAGGUACGGCACCGCCACCUAG